GCGCCAGAACACGCCUCCUCCUUUUGCCGAACCGCCCCUUGGAGCACAAGAUCAUUCCCUAAUUUACCGACGCGUGGCGCAGGAGGGAAAAGAACGCUCUGCGCCAGUUGCAAACUAGCAUGGACACAUGGGCCAGUGAUUAAGUCUAUUGCGCCGGAUGCAAGAUAAGACCCUUAUUGUUAGCCAUUAUCUGUAAGAGUAAAUGAGAAACAUGUUAGUGUUAGUCAUUAUCUCUUAGACCAAUAAGAAACAUGUUAGUGUUAGUCAUAACCAGAUAAACAUAACAUUUGGAACAGACCCUAUAAACCGAAUAUUGUUUGUUUUGGAACAGACCCAAUGAACCUAAUACAGUUUGGAACAGACCCUAUAAACCUAAUAACGUGUGUUUGGAACAGACACUAUAACCUAAUAACGUGUGAUUGGAACAGACAGUAUAAACCUAAUAACGUGUGAUUGGAACGGACCGUAUAAACCUAAUAACUUGUGAUUGGAACAGACACUAUAAACCUAAUAACGUGUGAUUGGAACGGACCGUAUGAACCUAAUAACGUGUGAUUGGAACAGACCGUAUGAAUCUAAUAACGUGUGAUUGGAACAGACAUUAUAAACCUAUAACGUGUGUUUUGGAACAUAGCCUACGCAGCUGGUGUUUGGGGUUUUAUUCAGAGAGCUGACCGGAUCUUAGACGUUAACGAGUCCUUUAUGUCUUUAAAGGCACUAAAGCCCUUAAGCCCAGUGCUGGGCGGCUCGUUGAUUAAAACACACGCAGGCACACGCACACGCGCACAUGUGGUUGCGCUGUCGAGGAGAAAAAAGGCAUUUCAUAAUUUAUUUGUAACUUUUUGUGUUCCACUCGGCCGUCUAUUUUGUAAACUUUUUGGCAAUUUGAAUUUUUAUCUCUCUUGACAAUAACGCUAUUUUGGAAUGAAUCGAGAGAAUAUGCCUCUGUUAGAGAGAAAGAGACAGGAUUGUGUGUGUGUGUGUGUGUGUGUGUGUGUGUGUGUGUGUGUGUGUGUGUGUGUGUGUGUGUGUGUGUGUGUGUGUGUGUGUGUGUGUGUGUGUGUGUGUGUGUGCGUGUAUGCGUGUGUCGUUUGGACCUUCUAGAUGUCAGUCCUCUCUCCUACAGGUUGACAGAGCGCCGCCAGUCCGGUUUAAAAUAAAGCAGAUCGGAGCUGAAUCGGUUUGACUGAACUAAAGCUGGAGGGGCUGCACGAGAAGGAGGCGGCGGAGGAGCCCGGGGCGACUCUGGCGAUGAAGCGGGGAGACCCGGGGGGAGACCCGGGGGGAGCCGAGCGGGGAGACCCGGGGGGAGACCCGGGGGGAGCCCAGCGGGGAGCCCAGCGGGGGGCCCCCUCCGGACGGCUCGCGGUGACCCUGGAGGACGCAGAUCUCUGGCGGAAGUUCCAGGAAAUCACAAACGAGAUGAUCGUGACCAAGAGCGGCAGGCGGAUGUUCCCGGUGCUGAAGGUGCGGGUGUCCGGUCUCGACCCCGCCGCUCUCUACUCUCUGCUGCUCGACUUCCUGCCCACCGACGGACGGCGCUGGAAGUACGUCAACGGGGAGUGGGCGGCGGCUGGGCGGGGCGAGGGGCGGGGCCAGGGCGAGGGGCGGGGCCAGGGAGGCGUGUACAUCCACCCAGACUCUCCCAACUUCGGAGCCCACUGGAUGAAGGCGGCAGUGAGCUUCAACAAGGUGAAGCUGACCAACAAGAUGAACUCAGGAGGGCAGGUGGUCCUGAGCUCCCUCCAGCGCUACGAGCCCCAGGUGAGCGUGGUGGGGGUGGGGGUGGGGGCGGGGGGAGUGGGCGCCCCCACCCUUCCCCCCCCGCCCCGCCUGCUCACCUGCGUCUCCUUCAGAGAGACCGCCUUUAUCGCCGUGACGGCCUAUCAGAACGAGGAGAUAACCGCUCUGAAGAUCAAGUACAAUCCCUUCGCCAAGGCCUUCCUGGACACGAAGGACAGGAACCCAAGUGGGCGGAGCCUAUCGGAUUCUAAUGGACAAGGUGGAUGGUCCAUGUGCACGGCAGGAGGGGUCAUCCCAUAUAGGGGGGGGCUUCAGAUGACAUCACGUCACCAUGGUUACAAGCACUACCCUUCAAGACCCAACCCCUACAGCUACCUCACCCACCACACACACACCUCAGUCUCUCUACCGGAGGGUGUACCAGGAUGUCCGGAGGUCUGGUCUGGCUGCCCCCCCCAAGCUCCUCCCCUGCCUCCUGCCACCAGCUGGUGUGUGGUGAGCGUUCUGGCGCCGAUUGGCUGCCGUGCAUCACCCCGGUGGGGGCUACAUACUGGGGGUGGCUAGUGAGGUCCCCCCUUCACUGUAAACCACUUCGACUGAGGGAAAGCGCUAUAUCAAUUAAAUCCUUCUACUAUAUGUAAACAAUGUGUGCCAUAGGUAUAGAAUGCAUAAAAUUGGUAACCCUGUGCCUCAUGUCCCAGUCAGUACCAGUGUCUGUGGGCGGUUGGCUGUGGGGACGAUAGCCCCUCCCCUUCCCCGUACGCAGUUCUCCACGGGCCAAUCAGCAGCGGAGCCAUGAUGCAGCCGGCCACUCCCAACACAGGGUGGCCGUCUGGCCACACCCACUGCUUCUGACAAGAUUGCUGAUUGGAUGGUCUUUCAAGGGCUUAAAAACGCCUUUACAUUUAACUAUAUAAUAAUUGUAUCAGUUGAUAACAUAAAAGUACUAUUAAUAUGAUAAUCAUGUAGCAACAAAGCCAGGCACUUGCUAUGAAGUCUCAUUAUAGAGUCUCAUUAAGAAAUGUUAUGACGUCUCAUUAUAAAAUAUUUUCUGAAAUCUUCGAUAUAGUCUCGUUAUUAAGUUCAUUAUUAAAUCUUGUUAUAAAAUAUAGUUAUGAAAUCAUGUUUUUUUUAAGAGCAUUUCAUUUUUUAUUGGUGUUGUAAUGUAAAGAGAAUUUCAACAAAUAAGACAAGAAAUGCUUCUAAAAUAAAUUGCCAACCCUAGCUUUAAGUCUUGUUACGCAAUGUUAUUCUGUAAUGUUAUUCUGAAAUGUAAUUCUGAAACAUUAUUCUGAAAUUUCAUCAUGAAAUCUCGUCAUAAAAUGUUGUUAUGUAGUCUUGUAUGAAAUGUUAUGCUGAAAUGUUACGGUAUGAAAGAGAUCUUGUUGUAAAGUCAUGUCAUGAACUAUCAUAUAUCAUAUAUUAUGUAUAUAAUAGUUGUAUAUGUUAUGAGGUAUCCUGAUUACAAUGUUGAAAAGAUAACUACUGUUGCACCUCUGACAACCUGCUAAAUAAAGCCUAUUGAUCUCCAA